AUGUGUUUCGGCAAAGCGGAGUCGCUGGUUAGCUACCCCUUUGGUACACGUCAACAAAGGAAGCUCUUUCCUCAUUACCACCCCCAAAACUUGUUGGGGAACAAGUUUCUCCCUCUUCGAGGAGCGCCCCACAGAGGGCCUGGAUGUUACAUAGCAGAAGAUGUAUAUGGAUUGGCAUACAACCUCUCUAAGAUCCCGACCAGUAGAAAAGGAUAUACUUUUGGUGCCAGAACAGCUGAGAGGUUUAAGGCGAUCAACAAGGACACGAUGCUUUACCCAGGCAUGUACCAGGCUGCAAAUCCUCAGGAGCAAAUACACAAACAAAAUUUUGCUCCAUUCAAUGCCUCGUUGCCUCGAUUUAAGACAUACUCAAAGGACAAUUCUUAUCCUGGUCCUGGCACAUACAACCCGGAGAUGAAGCCACCCCCCAAAAUCACUUGGCCAAUGAAAUUUGGAUCUCCAGACUGGGCUCAGGUACCAUGUCUACAGAAAAGAACCCUAAAAGCUGAGUUGUCCACCGACAAGGACUUCAGAAAGCACCGGAACCGUGUGGCCUACCUAAGCCUGUUUUACAAUUGA